UUUGUAUACAAUAUUCCAAUGUCACCUUCAAAUUCUAUGUAUGUGAAAUUACAUUAGAUAUGCUAUUAUCGUUCUGAACAGGACAUGUGAACAUCAAGAGAGAAAGAAGGUGCAUCCCAUACAACUAGCUAGCUCUAUAAAAUAAAGUCUUACCAAAUACCAUAAUUUUUUAAAAGUAUUCCUUUCUACACUUUCUAGCUAUAUAUCCACUUUAAUUUCAUUUUCUACAUCAAUAAGCAAAAGCAAUAACAAGAGAGAAGGAAAGGGAUUAUGACAAGCAGCAAGGUUGAUGAUCAAAUGGAACUCAUUUCUCACUUCUACCCUCAUAUUUACGCCCAAUUAGCACAACAACAAGGAGAGACGGUGAAACCGCGAAGGAGAAGGAAGAAGAACGAAGUUGAAGGGAGAAACAACACUAGUGAGGUUGUGAUGAAGAAGAGAAAGUUGCUUAGUGAAGAACAAGUUAAUCUUCUUGAACGAAGUUUUGGGGACGAGCACAAGCUAGAGAUGGAGAGGAAGGCCAAGCUUGCUUCUGAGCUUGGCCUUGAUCCUCACCAAGUCGCGGUGUGGUUCCAAAACAAGAGGGCUAGAUGGAAGAACAAGAAACUUGAGGAGGAAUACUCCAAGUUAAAGACUCAACAUGAGCUUACCAUCAUUGAGAAAUAUCGACUUGAAAGUGAGGUGUUGAAGAUAAAAGAGCAAUUGUGUGAAGCACAGAAGGAGAUAGAAAGGCUAUUAUUGGAACAUAAAAGUGAUAUUUCAAGCAAUAAUAGCCCAACUUCAUCAAUAUUCUCAAUGGAGCAGCCACAUUUUGAUCUUGGAGAGUUUAGAAUGGAGGGGCAAUUAAUGGAUGAUAAUAUGUUAUUUAAUAUAACUCUUUGGGAUGAUUAGAAUGGGUUUAAAUUUAUAAUCCAAAUGUAUAAUAUUGAUUAUCCAUAUGUAUAAAAUUAUAAAUGUAGAAAUGUGUAAUUUCUUUCUUUUGUAACAUGAUUUGUGGUUAACUACUCUCUUUCAUUUUA